AUGGAGAAUGCCGAAGAGGAAGAUGACUUGAAGCUGGUCAAGGCGUCAGCUGAUCUGCUUGCGUAUCUCGAGAAUGAACUUCCCAAAUUACUGUGGAAGAAAUCCACUCCACCCAGACCGAGACAGGCCCACACCAAAGUGAAGAGACGCGAUCUUGACCGCGUCGUCAAUGCUAUCGAGCCAUUCCAAGGCGAACCACAAUUGCUCGACCCGAAGCUGAAGACGUUGCUCCCCCCGAUUGUUGAUGCCUAUGCAGACAACACUGGACGAGGCGCCAAGAACGUAUCCCAGCAUCAUGACAUCGAAACGGCAGUCUGCUGUCUUCUGUACACCUUCUGCAAAGUUCGAGGCCACAAAGUUGUCGUAGGCUUCUUCAACAACGAGCCACGCCAUUUGGAAUCAGUCCUGGAGGCAGUUGAGGCAACUCUGGUGGAAGCGCCCGGGCAGCUCACGUCCUGGCAGGUGCCAUAUGUACUUCUGCUUUGGCUGUCGCAUCUCUUGCUGACUCCAUUCGACCUGGACUCCAUAUCUACAGCAAGAGGGCCUCUGAACAGCGGUACGCCAACCAAAGCUCAAGAUGCUGCUGCAGCCUUACUCGUCAGGCUGUGCAUUCGACCCGAUGUUCUUCGGUCGCGCUUGGCAGAUCGGCUUGUCGAGGAACGGCUGCCAAAAAUGCAGAGUGCUGAAAACGCCUCUAACCUGUAUGAGGCCCUUGGGUCCUUACGGCUGGUCACUGGCAUAGCUGCGGCGUCUGAACUGGUCAACCUGGUGCCCUUGAUAUACCAGACAUGCGCCAAGAUAUUCGAUCACCUGGAUGCGUCACCCCUCUGCUCGAACGCUGUGGCCAAAAAGAUGGCCAUCAAGCUUUUCCGCAAUGUUUCAAUGUUGUCUGUGCGCUCAGCUGUCUCAGCCGGCCCCUUGACAAACUUUCUUCAAACAUCCGGCGUACUGGAAGAUGUAAUCGACUACCUCUUACGAUCUCUGGCCGAGAAAGACACGCCUGUCAGAUACGCGGCAGCCAAGGCGAUCAGUCUUGUUGUUCUAGAGCUUGAUUCAGAAAUGGGUCACGAAGUGAUUCAAGCAGUGUUGGACUCGUUCAAAGAGGAUAUGCCAAGAUCGACCUCAGUUGUCGACUUCAGCACCGCGGACCCACUGAAGUGGCAUGGACUGACGUUAGCUCUGGGACACAGCCUUUUCAAGAGGUCUGCCUCGCCUGAGCAACUGCCUGAGAUAUUCGAUGCUCUUAUCUCCGCACUCCAAUUCCAGCAAAGGACAGCGACUGGAACAUUACUUGGCACAAAUGUAAGAGAUGCGGCAAAUUUCGGAAUCUGGUCUCUUGCUCGUCGCUAUACUACUGCAGAGCUCCUACGUGUGCAGGUCCACGGCUUGCACCAAAGUAAUCAAGUCGGAACGGACAGGUCCAUCAUCCAGCUCAUGGCUACUCAGCUGGUGCUCUCGGCAUGUCUAGAUCCUGCUGGCAACAUCAGAAGAGGCUCGUCCGCAGCUUUGCAGGAAUUGGUCGGAAGGCAUCCCGAUCAGGUUUCUCACGGUAUCUCAUUGGUGCAGACAGUCGACUAUCAGGCCGUCAGCUUACGAAGAAGAGCGAUGAAUGACGUCGCAUCUGGCGCAGCUCGACUGCAUCCGACAUACGCAGAUGCCCUGGUUGAUGCUUUAUUUGACUGGCGAGGCUUGUGGUCCGCAGACGUUGCGUCCCGUCAAUCGGCGGCAUCUGCGCUACCGCUAAUGUGCCAAGCGGGUCAGUCUUUGGCAAAGCUGCUGCAGAAGACUUUCAGCUGCAUUCUUAUGAGCGACUCUUGCGAAGUGGAAAACCUGCAUGGUUACGCGCUAGCGGCAGCAGACUUGAUUGAUGAAUUCAGCUCAGAUAUCGAGGUUAGCGACAUCUCUCUCUCGUUCAAAUCACUGGAUAAGCUGAAAGCGACGUUGCAUGAUUUCUUCUCCAGGCUCUUGCGCUCUGAACUACCAGGUUCCAUCGCUCGACUUGCAACAGCUGUCUGGAGCCGAGUCUUUGACGCUCUUUCAAAAAGUCGAGACAGUGCGCAAGUCUAUCUUGUUCAUAUGGCAGGACUGGAAGACAUCACCGAACGUUUGCUUUGGCGGCACGAGCCAUGGAUACUGGACCAGAUUCCUGAGCUUGUGAGAAUUCUACUACAUACGAAGCGUCUUGCAGGGGAGCCGCUGCGUUGUAUAGGAGCGCAGGUUCUGUGCAAUCAGGUGGCUGUCGAGGGCGCCAAAAGUACCAAGCACGGUGUAGGCAGAGCUAUUGCCCUAGGCACUCUUGCCACACUGUACAACGACGAUGGCUUGACCGGCGCCAAAGCUUCAGCUGCUGUAAAGACCUUGUGUGAUCUUAUGUCCGUCAUCAAUAUUGACUGGCGAGUCGCGGCUGCUUCAGCCCUGGGACUAGUCAUCGAAAGGACCAAAGAUGUCAAAAAAUUCGAUGUCAGCAUCACCGAGCUUAUCUGCACGACCUUACGGCAAGGAUUCAAUGACUAUACUAUCGACGAACGAGGUGAUGUCGGUUCACUGGUGCGUAUACAAUGCAUUGCAUGCUUCCAAAAGCUGUCAGAUCACGACACCGGUCUUAUCCCAGCAUUCCGGCUCACUGGACCACCUUUAAAACACGAGAUCGCAAGAUUGUCGCUGGAGAAACUGGAUCGUGUCCGACUUCAAGCCGCCCUCUGCCGCGACGACCUUUCAUCACUCGCCAUCACGGAUGUCGCAAGCGUUUCGUCUCCGGGGUACUUUAGAGCCGCACUGCGAGACAUCGUGUUAACUGAAACGCUCAGGCAAGGUAAUGACCAAGAUGCAGCCCUAGCAAGACAAGACGCCUUACUCAAAGGUUGCGUUUCGUGCGCCGGAAUCGCAGCCGAACCACUCCUCCAAGCAUCCCGCCAAAUCCUCACAGAACUCCUUCUCGACGCUCCUCUCGAAUCCUUACACCAAUUCAUGACCACUUUCACCCGAAUCCUCACCCAUCAAAUCUCAGAAAGCACAAACACCCAUCCAACACUCGAACUCCUCGCCUUCCUCCUCGACAUGCAAAUCCCCCAACGCCUACACAAUUCCACAUCCACAUUCAAAUUCCGCACUCUCCUCUCCGUUGUCCAAAAGAGCCAUCACAAGUCCAACGACAUUCCCAAAAUCUUUGCGGCUGUGCAUGUAUAUUUGGGGUUGGUGGAUGUGGAUGCUAUACGUGAGGAGACGCUGAAGAAGCUUGUGAGCAUGCUGAAAACGAAUCCGUAUCCGAGAGUUAGAGCGAAAGUUGCGGAGGUUUUGUUUUUUGUGUCGGGGGAUGAGGGUUUGAAGAGGUGGGAUUGGAUGAGGCGUCCUGAGCAGGUUAGGGAUGGGAGUGAGGGGUUGUUUGAGAGGGUUAUGGGGACGAAGGGAAGAUGA